ACAUUAUCAAUGACGUUUGUGACAACACCAGACGUGAACUGUCACCUGCGUCACCUCAUUAAGUUUCUCAAUAUUUUUCGCAAUGACUACUAUAGUAAAAAAGUUCAAAGUAAGGUAGUGAUACCAAAAAGUCAAAAAUGAACGGUAACGAUGAACGCUGGUCCAUUUAUUCAGCGUCACAACAUUUACCCGCCGUUCUCACCGAUCCUAAUAAAGGAAAACAAGCUAAUUUUUUUACGAAGACUUGGGGGGAUACUUUUGUAGAAAAAACAACAAUAGAAAAAAGCCCCUUUUUACCCGAAAUAACUUGGGCUCACUUCGAUAAUUAUCUUAAGAAAUACGGGAGGAGAUACAAGAUACAUUCAAGAUUAAAAGAGAUUAAAUGUGAAAACAACCAUAAGAAAAUUCAGACCCAUACUGUAAAUACUGAAGGCAUUCCUGAAAUAUAUUUAAGGCCUAGUCUCAAUCUACACGAUCCCAAAGUUUUUCAAGAAGUAUUCCAGACCAAGAAAACAGAACAUGAAUUACAAGACGAACUCAGCUUUCACUUAGACGUUGUAGAAGAACAGAUAGCUCAACAGGUAUCUCAAAAAUCAGGCGCAUUUUUUCAUGCAAUGACAUCCCACGAUAGUAUUAUGGAACAAAUGGGUAUUGCUUUGGAAGAAGUGAAAAUUUUACGUUCGAAAGUCCAUAGGGUUGAUAAAGCAUUAGCGAGAGAAUCUUUAAGACUGAUUGGAUUAUCUAGGUCGAAAACUAAUCAUGUGGCUUUAUUAGAUAAAUUAAAAUUAAUGGCUACAGUUUUACAAACUCAACCUACAUUGCAGCUUUUGCUCAGUUCCUCAGACUAUGUUGGAGCUUUAGAAUUAAUUUCUGGGACUCAAGAAGUUCUUGCCAAAGAAUUAGCAGGGGUGACAAGCCUGAGACACCUCCCAUCACAACUAAAAGAAAUGCAAAAACUAAUAGACAAAAUGUUGAGUACGGAAUUCGAACGGUACGCCGCCGCCGAUCUACAUCGACCGCUCGAUAUCGAAAUAAUCGGAGUAUUAGAACCGGAAAGAUUAGUUAGUCUAGUGGCGGGUCUUCUGCGACAAAACCAUCUACAAUUUCUAGAAGUGUACAAACAAGAAGCGGUAACCGCUGCGCAAGCCCUCCUCAAACAACUCAUGAUCGAACAACUGGCAGACGCGGAAGACGAACUAAACGAAUUGACAGGAUCCGGAGAAAUCGCUCCUGCGAUGGACGCCGCCAAUUGGUUAAAAGUUAUCAGAUCGGCCAGCGAAGCCUUAACGAAAAUCAUCGAACGCGUCAAAGCAGUGUGUGAUGUUAUAAAGGAAACAGCGGCAUCUAGCGCCGGUCUAUCCGUAUCCGAAUCUAGUAUAACUUCAGCAUCGACUGAACAUUUUCUCACCUUGGAAGAAAACAACCGCGUCGAAUUGAAAUUGCGCGAUUUACUCGGUUCCGUGUGCGAUUAUUGUAACGAAAGAAUCGCUUCGUUAGUUAGCACCAGAUCGGAUAAACAGACUGUGACCGCCGUACAAGUUAACGAAUUAUCUAGUGUAGUUGAGGGGUUUACGGAAAUGUGCGAAAGGACGUGCGGGGGGCGACAGAGCGCCGCUCUCAAAGCGGCAUUUAAAAUCCAAGCCGGUAAUUAUGUACACAAAUUCCACACGCAGAGGAAAAAUAAAUUGCAGAUGUUGUUGGACGCGGAAAGUUGGAAAGUUGCAGAAGUACCGUUGGAAAUUCAGAUGCUGGUAGAUAAAUUAGCUUCUGGUGAUCCUAUAAAAUCUCUACCGUGUUCUCCCACGGAAGAAGACAUAUCAACAGACCGUUAUACAACAAAACCAUCGCCUUACCUCAAAGUAGGUACCCAGAAGUUCUAUACAGUAGGGGCCCUUCUGAUACUUAUCAGAUUAAUCAGCGAGUACUGCGUCUGUUCGUAUGAUCUCCAGCUUUUAGCUCCUGUCGUAGCAAGAAAUUUAACGGAAUUAUUGAAAACUUACAAUUCCCGUUCGUGUCAAUUGGUCUUGGGAGCCGGCGCCCUAAGAACCGCCGGACUCAAAACCAUAACGUCGACGAAUUUAGCUUUGGGAUCUAGAUCCCUGCAAUUCCUCAUAUGGUUGAUACCUCUGCUUAGGGCUCAUUUCAAAUAUUUGACCAACGAAGUGUCGAACGGUUUCGAUUUGGUGGAAAAAGAUAUAGCGCAUCACAUCAGACAUUUAGAGACCAAAGUUUUAUCGAUAAUGAAUACUUUGUUGGGGGAACAGUUGAACGAAUGGGACGCCAAACCUCCAGUACCCUCCAAACAGUUCCGUAACAUUUCCAGGCAUUUGACCAAAUUACACGAGGCUGUCAGCGCCGUUUUGCCACAAGAACAAGUGACUGACAUAUACGAGGUGAUUCAUAAAAAUUUCAAGAACCGAUUGAGGGACCAACUGACCAAACUGAAUAUUCAAAAUAACGGCGGGCCCCAACACGGCGUCGUCACCACUGAAACGAUAUUCUAUCUCGAAACGAUGAAAACUUUGAAAGUCCUACCCGAAAAAUAUUUAUCGGACAGUGCCAUGGACGAUAUAUGGACAAAGUAGACAAAAACCAAAAUUAAUUUAAUCUAGUUUGAGGUUAGAAACAUUCAUUUGUGGAAACGAUUAUUAUUUCGGUUAUCAAGUUGUGAUAUCUUCUAAUUAACCUCCAGAAUUUUUAAUAAAACGCAUCGAUUCGAUUCUAUAAGGUAAGUAGAUGGCGCCACGACAAAAAAAACUUUCGAUUUUUAUCUUCAAGUUGAUUUAUUCGAUAAAAUUGUGUUCAAAACAAAACAAAAUAUUUUAAACUAGGCAAAGGAAUAUUUACUUACUUUUGUUACUACCUGUAUAAUUAAAAUGUAUUAUAGAAGGACCAACAGUUGGAAUUUAUCGGUUAGAAUUUGGUUCGGUAGUUCAAAUGUCCCUAAAAUCCGAUUUUUCUCUAGACCCAGUUACUGCAUCUGCUACUUUUGGUAGUUCAAAUGUCCCAUUUUUCUUCGACAUACACUUAUUGAAUAUGUUUCCGGUAGUUCAAAUGCCCCAAGCAUUCGAUUUCUUUCUAGAUCCAUUAUCGAAUUUGCUUUUGGUAGUUCAAAUGUCCUUAAAAUCCCAUUCUUCUUCUAGAUACACCUAUUGAAUCUGUUUUUAGUAGUUCAAAUGUACCUAGAAGUUUUCUCCAAAUAGAAAUCUUUGACUUUUUCUUGUAAUUUAGAACCGAGCGGAAUUGAAGAAGGUUCAUAAUAAGAAGACUGACGACAAAAAAGGAAAAUAAUCAUUCAAAUUGUUAAUUGAGAGUGUACAGUGAAUAGUAAGAAGUGGUAGGUUUAAGCAACUAUUCGAUUCAAUCACCCAUUACAAAAUCCAACUGUUUUUCCUCAAAUUUUAAGUCUAACUAUGAUGGUUUGAUGGAAAAGUGAAAAAAACCCCGAAAAUACUCACUAUUUAAAGUGUAAAUUUCCAAAAUCAACUUCUUUCGAUCUCACACUCCAAUUACAGAUUUUUUUUUAAUAUAAAAAUGUUUGCAAAAGUCACUAUCCCCUUAAACCAUCUUAACCAAGAGAUUCGUUGUUUUUUAUGAGAAUUUUUUUGUGAAUAAAUGAAUAUAUUGUACAUAA